CACCCCCAAGCGUCGCGCGACGCCGUUCUUCGCAAAAAUGCUUCGACGUCUUUCACAGUUUCAUCAAUUACGUUGCCGAUGAUGGAUUAUCCCAAGUCCAUGUUUUUGUCGAAUUAAUCGAGGUGUUUACUUCUUCGAGAUGACUAUGCAUAUUCUGGCCGCAGGCGCGAAAUUCAAACGAGAAGGGUAGUUCUCUAGUACAGUAUUUCGUGAAAAAGGAAUCUAGUGUCGUGUGGUCGCCAUUUUCUCGUUCACAACUGCGCAGUUGAUGAGAUGGUGGUCAGGUGGUGCGAAUAAGUGCAGCGUGCGUGCGGCUAAGUAAGUAGCUAAGUACACACACCUGUUGAUAGGUGUACACAUGGUAUUAUUUAAACAAGUAUGAGUGGCUCAUCAGGUCGCGAGUCUUUGAGGGCCAUGAUGGCUGAGAAGAAAAAGCAAAAGCACCAGAAUUUGCCGGAUCUGGAGCUAGUUGAUCCCUUUGCCAACGCCACAGCGUGUAAUUCCAUAACAAGGGGGAAAACUGGAAUUGUGUACGAUCGUGAAGUCCUAAAACACAAGUGCGACUGGGAUGAGAACUAUCCGGAAAACCCCCAGCGACUCGAAUCGAUUUUGGAAAAAUGUACCGGCCAGGGUCUGUUCGAGCGCUGUGUCACUCUCCCAAACUACAAGCGCUCGGAUUUGUACGAAAAAGUUAUUGCAAAACACAACCCUGACCUUUUCGCGAAGCUGGAAAGGGUUUCGAAGAUGGAUUUGAAAGCUAGAGAGCAGGAGGCUAGUUCUUAUGACGCGAUUUAUUUCAAUCAGUCUACUUUUGACGCCGCGUGCCGUUCGUUAUCCUCAGUGUUGAAUCUCGUGACGGCGGUCGCAAAACGCGACGUUCAAAACGGCAUGGCUUUAGUGCGCCCGCCGGGGCACCACGCCAUGGAGAACGAGUACAACGGUUACUGCUAUUUCAAUAACGUGGCAAUAGCUGCGGAGUCCGUCCUUCGGGAAGGGCACUCGAAGCGGGUGAUGAUUGUGGACUUCGACGUCCACCAUGGGCAAGGCACCCAGCGAAUGUUUUACGAGCGCAAUGAUGUUCUUUAUUUUUCAAUUCACCGGUACGAGCAUGGCACCUUUUGGCCCAACUUGCUUGAAAGUAAUUUUAAUUAUAUUGGCAGAGGUGACGGUUUGGGGUUUAACGUCAAUGUGCCUUUAAACGAGACAAUGCUUGGGGACGAUGACUACUUAGCCAUCGUCUUCAAUCUGUUGCUGCCUCUGGGAUUUGAGUUCAACCCUGAUCUGAUUGUUAUUUCUGCGGGAUAUGACGCCGCGAUUGGCUGUCCGGAGGGGCGGAUGAACGUCACACCUGGGUUUUAUUCGCACUUAAUAAGUCUCCUUUCGACACUAGCCAGGGGCCAGAUCGCUGUGGUGCUCGAGGGAGGGUACUUUCUACCCUCAUUGUCGGAAGGCGCCUGUAUGACGCUAAACUCUCUCCUGGGCAGUCCGUGCCCACUGUUGGAGCCCAUUAAAAGUGUGCACCCAAGUGUGAUUACCACGAUCUGUAACGUCAAGCGUAUGUUGCACACACGCUGGAAAUGUUUCGAUGUUGCGGAGCUAAAAACAGAAGCAACACACAAAUUCGAAAUUUGCUACUUUGGCGACAAACGAACGCCGCCCUUUGACAAUGGACCAGGCAGCUAUCCUGGAAUAUGUGACGAAAACUCUCGGUACUACUCGAAGCUAACUGAUGCUUUACACGAACGCUAUAUUUGUGCCUCCGACCUCCCCGUGAAUUACAUUUACGACGACCAGAUGCUCCAACACACCCCACAAUCGGGGGAUUUGGAGCGUCCCGAACGCCCCGAGCGUUUGACUUCCAUCAUGAAGGUCCUCCAAGAGUUUGGACUUCUGGGAAGGAUGCAGCGGACGCCCAUCGUCCCUCGGGACUUCACCGAAUACUCCCCCCACGCCCGAGGCUACUUGGGCACCGUCAACGAGGCCAUGGAACAAUCGAAGGACGUGUACGUCAAUGAACACACACACGAUUCGGUUGUUUUGGCCGUCUCGGGUUUGCUCAGUUUGGUAGAUGGGGUGAUGAGCGGGACGUCCCAAGCCGGGGUUGCGGUAAUCCGCCCCCCGGGCCACCAUGCGGAGCAUGACAAGGCGAUGGGGUACUGCUUCGUCAACAAUAUCGCCGUGGCUGCGAACUACCUGCUCGACAAAUACGAAGUGGAGAGAGUUUUGAUCGUUGAUUUCGAUAUCCAUCAUGGGAACGGCACCCAGAACAUGUUUUACGAAAACGACCGUGUCAUGUACGUUAGCAUUCACAAGGACGAGCACGGGAAGUUCUUCCCGGCGAACUCCCCCAGGAACUACACGUUCGACGGGUACGGGCGCGGGCGCGGAUUCAACGUCAACAUCCCGUUCAAUAACGAUAAAAUGGGGGACAGUGAAUACUUGGCAGUUUUCCAUAAUGUUAUUCUACCGGUGGCUUAUUCCUUCGGCCCACAAGUGGUGUUGGUCUCCGGCGGGUUCGAUGCCGGGAUCCACGACCCGUUGGGCGGCUAUGUGGUCAGUCCGGAGACCUUUGGCCACUUUAUCCACAUGCUGAAGGGUUUGGCUAAAGGGAGACUGAUUCUCGCCUUGGAAGGGGGAUACAAUCUCACAACAACGAGCUAUGCCUUCGCCAUUUGUGCCAAGGCGCUUUUGGGAGAUCCGAUAAUUAUGCCAAAAAACGUUUUCAAGAAUCUCUCAAGCGAAGCCGUCACAACGAUUCGGAACGUGACGACUCAUUUUAAGAAGUAUUGGCCGAUCUUCGAAGUCAAUCGGGAACUGGGCGUAACUCCGUAUAUUUUAAAGAAAAUCAAGGGUUUUAAAGAGAAAUAUUACGGGGAAGUUUUGGCAACCGCCAUUGACCCCACUCGCGUGCAGGAUAACGAAUAUGUCGAAAGCGAAAUGAACAAACUGAACAACUCUUAAACCGUUAACGCUCAUUUAACAGUUACCCAAAACUUUAAAUUAAUACUUUAUUUUAUUCGUAUUUCGUCUUAAGUCCGCUCAAUAAAUCUAGUCUUAACUAGUCGCAAUAACGACUAAUAAAACAUUGUAACAUUCCUGUUUUGUAUUGAUAUAUAUUUUAUCCUUUAGAUUAAGUUUCACUUCUUUUGUUUCGUGUUUCUUUAAACCUAGUUAUCAUCUCAACUUAUGAUAUUGUAGGGUUUCUAUACUUGUUUUGUGUUAGUUUUAUGUUUGUUGUCGAUUUUAUUGGUGGCCAAUAAUAUCGCGGAUCGAGCAAACGACCCUGAAUCUGGUAGGUGAGGCAGACUGAGGUAAAUCCUCGUCUAGUCUCAGUAGUAGCUAACUUAGUGAUAUUGUAGUUUUUAAGAGUUAACUGUGUUCCGUCUUUGAGUUUGUCGUUAACUGUGAGGAAUUCGGAUGUUUGUUUUCUAAUUUUUUAAUAAAAGUUCAACUUGA